UGCGGAAGCGCGAAGCAUGGCGAAAGAAGAAGGGGACGACGUAUUGCCGGACAAGGACGCGGCGAAGGGAUUCUAUGCUAAGUACGAGCCCAAGGAGAUCCUAGGAAGAGGAAUAUCUUCCACUGUGAGAAGGUGCAUAGAAAAAGAGACGGGUGUAGAGUACGCAGCUAAAAUUAUAGAUAUUAGCAACGAGACUCACGAGGAUGGGAUGAAGGACGCCACGCUGCAAGAAGUGCAGAUACUUCGCAGAGUAGCUGGACACCCGUACAUCAUUGAAUUGCACGAUGUCUUUGAAUCUAGUACAUUUAUAUUUUUAAUUUUCGAACUGUGCAAGAACGGAGAGCUAUUCGAUUAUCUCACGUCUGUUGUGACACUUUCUGAAAAAAAGACACGUUACAUUAUGAGGCAAGUGUUUGAGGGACUCCAGCAUGUGCAUAACCAAGGAAUAGUGCACAGGGAUUUAAAACCCGAGAACAUAUUGCUCGAUGAUAAUUUGAAUGUAAAGAUAACAGACUUUGGCUUCGCCAGAGUACUGAAGCCUGGGGAGAAAUUGUACGAUCUUUGUGGUACACCUGGCUACUUGGCACCAGAAGUAUUAAAAUGUAAUAUGUUUGAGACUGCAGAAGGUUAUGGAUUCGAAGUUGACAUAUGGGCCUGUGGUGUGAUUAUGUUUACGCUAUUGGUAGGCAGUCCUCCAUUUUGGCAUCGGAAGCAAAUGGUUAUGCUUAGAAAUAUAAUGGAAGGAAAAUACUCAUUUACAUCUCCCGAAUGGGCUGAUAUAACGGAGGCUCCAAAAGAUUUGAUAAGGAGAUUAUUAGUCGUUGAUCCUAAAAAAAGAAUUUCGAUAAAAGAUGCCUUAGAACAUUCUUUCUUCCAUACUGUCCUAUGGGAUCAAGACAUCGCUCCUCUAAAACGUUCUCUAUCGUCUAACUCGCGACGUCUGAGUAGGAUAUCUCAGUUAGCUUUGGAAUUGAAGGCAAAGUCGUUCAAUGCACGGAAGAGAUUCCAGUUGGCAAUCAUUUGCGUACGGGCUGUUAUCCGUAUUAAACGGCUUCAUAGCACACCAGAACCACUUUCCACACAGAUAGUCUGUACUGAUCCGUAUAGAAUAAAAGUUCUGCGAAAGGUAAUCGAUGGCUGCGCGUUCCGGGUCUACGGACAUUGGGUGAAGAAAGGCGAAGGUCAAAACCGCGCGGCACUCUUCGAAAAUACGCCAAAGACAGAAUUGAAGCACCUAUACGUAAAUACGCAUGACGAAUUAAAAUUAUGAAUCAGGCAAGAUUACAAGCAAGAUUACAAAGACCUAUACUUUUUACAAGACUUUGAAUAUUACAAUACCUGGUACAAAAGACAUGUUUUCGCAGUGACAUGACAGUUUGCAGGUGACAUAAACAUUAAUGUUAUAAAAUGAUCACUGUUUCCAAAGGAAAAAGCAGUUUCUCACGUACAUAUUCUAUCGUACGUUCAUCUCUUAGUUUUAUAUAUUUACAUACAUAUAUAUAUAUAUAUAUAUAAACAUGACAAAUAUGCAAGUUUGUAGUCGCUCGGCUGCAUUCAAUAGUGCUCAAGAGAUGUAUUAUUAUAUAUUACCGUUUUUUGGACAGUGUGCUUGUAUUAUGUAAUAGGACAAUAGUUUUGUAUA